AUGUCAACCGUCACGAGUGAACAAAUCAGGAUCAGUGGCAAGAAGAAAAGAUUGUCAAUCACACCAGCCUUAUGUGGGACCCUUCCGCCAUUCACGGCAACGAUUACAUUCGUCAAAAGAAGUUCCAAAAUAACUUUAGAAGCUCGGAAAGUUCAGAAUUUACAAGUUAAGGAUAAGGACUUUCCAUUUAGUUACUCUUCCAUGGAGACAAUGAGUUCAACUGCUUCAAUGCCCUUCCCUAGGCAGCCAACCAGUUAUGAUGAGAUUUCUAUGCAACAGAGCAUGCUCUUCUCUGAUAGCCUCAUGGAUUUGAGAAAUCUCAGGAAACAACUCUACUCAGCUGCAGAAUAUUUCGAGUUUUCUUAUACCAACGAUGACCAGAAACAUAUAGUGGUGGAUACAUUGAAGGAUUAUGCCGUCAAAGCUCUUGUCAAUACUGUAGACCAUUUGGGCUCUGUGUCCUACAAGGUGAAUGAUUUGUUGGAUGAACUGGUUGACGAAGUUUCCGGAACAGAGCUUCGGUUACCAUGUAUCGAGCAGAGGUUAAGGACAUGCCAGGAGUAUAUUGAUCGUGAAGGCAUUUCUCAGCAGUCACUCAUGAUAAACGCUCCCAAGUACCAUAAUCGGUACAUCCUGCCAGUGGGGGAGACUAUGCAAGGUGCAAUCCAUACUAGGUCAAAUUACCAAGGAUGCAACCUAGAUGAUGAAGAUGACUGGCAUCAGUUGAAGAAUGCUAUUCGAGCUACAAUUGAAGAUACUCCAUCAUCUGUAGUCAUUAAAGGACGCUCUCGUUCACCAUCUCCACGACUUGCUCAGCAACCUGGAAACUUCUCGUUCUCAGGCACCAUCACCAGAAAAGAUUUAGAAAAACGAACAAUGUCACCACUCCGGUUUCCCCUUUUGCGUUCGGGAUCUUUCUCAAGUAAGCCGAACACACCAAAAAGUUCAAGGCCAACAACCCCAAACCGGAGUCGGCCAACCACUCCAAAUCCCUCGUCCGGAAGACAACAGUACAUAUUGGAACCUCGCAAAUCUGCUUCAAUGCGCAUCUAUUUCGAUAAAGAAAGCCCGAAAGAUAUAGAACAAUCUCCGAGCAAAAGUAAACGCCUUUUAAAGGCAUUGCUCAGUCGACACAAGUCAAAGAAAGACGAGAUGUUAUACACUUAUUUGGAUGAAUAUUAA